AGGAAGGCGAUGCUUCAUGUAAUUAAAAUUAUUGAAAAAUAAGUAUAGUAUACUUAAAUAACUUGCGUAGGUAACUGGUAUCCAAUAAUGUCUUAUCACAUCUAGUUGCUUAUCCAAUGCAUCUCAGAAAGGAAGAGUUUCGUGUAUUACAGGUUGGUGGAGAAAGCCAUCACAAAAUUCUAUUUAAAUUAGCAAAAGGGUAGGAGAUUUGAUCGCAAUAUGGGAUGUGUCCUUCUUCAGGUGAGGGUGAUGUGCAUCUGAAAACAACUCUUUUAUUCAACAAUUAAGGUUUGAAAAUUCCAAGGUUUAAUUAUUUCUAACAGAAUAAAAAUUGAGCUUAUAAAUGAAAAUAACAAAGGUAGUGCAAUUCAGUGAGUGCAUCACUAAACGCAUUUUUAGUAGUUGAUCACUUAUUAAUAUACUUAAGACAAGUGUUAGGUUAUGGUUGUGAAGAAGGAUAA